AUGCAGUCAGCUGUUUCUUCUACACCUGAAUAUCCGGACAGCAGUCGCUCUUCCAUCUAUGAAGGAGGGGUCCCUUCAGGAUCAUUUAGCGUGCCAUCAUGGACAAAAGAACAAUAUAAGCAGCAAUUCACCGCCAUCGGUUAUUUACACAAUUAUAUUUCAGGAGUGAAGUACGAUAUGAUGGAUAUACCAGUCGAAAGGCGUAGGCAUGAAAAUGAAAAGGUGCUAAUGGGGUACUAUGCAUCAAAAGUACAUACCUCUCGACAUGACAGUGUCAUUAGUGGGGCAUCGGAUCCUUUGACCUCUAGUGAUAACUCAAAACGGCAACCCCGCCUGAAACACUUCGCAAGUCAUACCGGUCGUCUAGGAGGUGAUCAAACUCCAGUUCGGUCCCUGAUGGAUCAGUCCUUGUUUUCUUCUGAAGUUUGCGCGAGAGGAUACAGAAGCUAUUGUUCAAAAUUACCUAUCCCAGACAAAGAGAAUAACAAAACAUUGAAAAGACAUAAUAUGUGGCUACCUAUAGUAAGAUGGGGAAUAACUGAACGUAAAAUUCGUCAGGAUGCACCUUCGCUUCCUAGUCAAUUAGUUGCCGACAAAAGCAAAUCUUGGCUAUUUACAAAUUCAUACAUUACGGCGCCUGGAGCUGAAGCAAAAAACAAAAAUGCAUUUGAUGGUUCAACCACUAUACCUCCCUUAUUUGGCGAAAUGAAGUUGCCAGCAUUCGUUUAUCAAUGUACGGUUGAUUUGGACAAUGAGAUCUAUAUUUUAGGUGGUUUAACUCCCUGCUAUUUUUAUUCAGAUGAGAAGCCUGAUUUGAGCAGUUUUUAUGUUGAUGGUAUCAAAAAUCUGCCGCCACCAAUUCUCGAAGAUGUCGUCAAUAACCCCGGACUGGUGAACAAUCAUGAUUUAUACAUCGUGUCAACGUCAUCUUCAAGAGUACGCAAACCUAAAAUGACUGGGCAAAUACCACCGCCAAUGCUCUGCAUGACCGGCUCGGUAUUGACAAAGCGUCACAUAUUUUACUACGGUGGGUUUGAAGUUAAAACAGAAACCAUUAUUGACGAGCAAACUGGAAAAUUCUUUUUAAAAAAGAGGGCCUAUCUGAACAAUACAGCAUACAUUUUGGAUAUUAUGACCUUCAAAUUUACAAAAGUGGAAUUGAUAGCUCAACCAACAAAAUUCACCGCCUAUCCUUCAACCGUUCCAAGGUUUGGACAUUCCCAAGUAUCCGUUAAAGUGAGCUCCCCUUCAAACUCUUCAAAAUGUUCGGUAUGCUCACCUUCUGGUGCGGAUGAUGGAACAGAUAGUGGGGAUGGGCAAACAAGGAAUGAACCAUCCUCUCCUGUGUCUCUGCCUCUAGAACCACGCUCACAGUCAGGAAAUUCAAUUCUAGGGGAUAAGGCGCUGCUUAAUAAACUUUCGAGCUCCUUAAAUACAGGAGUUUACACCAUUCUUGUAAUGGGAGGAUAUAGGCAAACUGGGGAGGAUGAUUAUGAGACGCUUCGUGAUCUAUGGAAAAUUGAAGUUACUGUGACUUCCCGUGGGAAACGUAAUUAUUUCAAAUUUGCAGAAACAGCUCUGGCAACAAUGUUCCCUGAUGUACCAGAAACUUCUGAUUGUGAUACAUGGCCAGGUCGUAGGGCUUUCCAUGCUUGUGCAGUGUAUGAUACAACCAUGCUGAGGAGGAAUUUGUCAGAGGACGUUCUACUAAAUAACUUGCGUGAGAAUUUCGACAUAGAGUCUGAGGCAACCUCGAAAGCAUAUGCCUCAGGUGACAAAUCACCUCCAUUAACCGGUAGGAAUGAUAGCAGUGAUAGUCAUCAUCAUCAUCAUCAUCAUCACUCUCACACACAUCAGGGCUGCGCCAUGUCACCGAAUCUUCUCAGACACACUAAAGUUUCAGAAUCCACUGGUAAGACAUUUGUCAUACAUGGUGGUUCAAAUAAGGAUCAUGUUUACGGUGAUAUGUGGUGGUUCGAUUUGGACUCGGAAACCUGGAGUUAUGUGUCGACCUUUUCGAAUAGUGAAUCAAAAAAAUCACACACAGACUGUGAGUUGACAUUAGUAGGCCACUCAAUAGUCCAAAUAGGUUCGAGUGCCGUGAUGGUUGGAGGCUUAACGCAAAAAGAUGUUAAAAAACAUUGGCCUUUGAAAGAGAUUCAUGGUCAAAAGCGAAGAGGAGAAGAAUUAUCGGAACCAGCAAGCUUUCACGUGAUAGACAUGAGCUGCCAAGUUUAUCAUGAGCUGCAUCUUAGUGCGCCCUCUGAUUACGGUACAAGCAGGUGGGUAGAGCGCCUUAGACUUACAUCAUCAUCGACCAUUUAUGCAAAUGGAUUCAUGUAUAUCGUUGGGGGCAUGCUAUCAAAUGCUGAAGUACUGAAUGAGGUUUACCUAAGGGGCGCAAUGGCACUAUGCAUUCUUCCUGUCAUAACUACUCCUAGAUAUAUCGUGACAUAA